AUGACACUUACCCGUGUUGAUUGUGAGUGCAUAAAAAAGCCGGUCAUAUUUAACUUUGGUGAUUACAAUUCCGAUAUAGGUGGUUUUUUCAAUGGACUUGGAAUUAAUUUUGGACCUCCUAAUAGACGUAUUUUCUACCAUCAUCAUUACCACCACUACCACCACCAUGAGCAUCGCGAGCAGCAGGCAGAUUAUGUGAAAGUUUGCAAACCCCCAUAUCUUGAAUCUUUGGGGCCAAAUUUCACAAACGGAGCUAACUUUGCAAUCAGUGGUUCAUCCACUCUUCCGAGACAUCUGCCCUUUAGUUUGGACGUUCAAGUUCUCCAAUUCCUGCGUUUCCGAAGUAUAUACCAACAUGGUGGUAAAUAUUUUUGGGUGCACAAUACUGGACCGCUGGGUUGCUUACCCCAAAAGCUUGCCGGAACUGCCCCAAACGCCGGAAAUGUUGAUAACCAUGGCUGCCUCAAGUUUCUCAAUGACGCUGCAAAAGCAUUUAACAAGCAAUUGCAUAUUCUGUGUGAAGAGCUGAGAUCACAAAUGAGGGGGGCUAUUAUUGUGUACGUGGAUAUGUAUGCCAUCAAAUACGACCUCAUAGCCAAUUCAGCUAAAUAUGGUACAAGUACAAUUUCAAUAUUACGUGCGGCCAACCUGGUUCCAACGUUUGAAGCCGAGGAUCAAAGUUCAUAAGCUGGGAUGGAGUUCAACCUGUCUACUAAUUAUUCCACUCCUCCAAUAAAGUUGGACUAUUUUUUAUCAUAAGCUGGGAUGGAGUUCACCCUGUCUACUAAUUAUUCCACUCCUCCAAUAAAGUUGGACUAUUUUUGCA